CUGCGCUCUCACUGCGCUCCGGGACGCACGCACUUCUCCAAGACGCUCUUUUUACGCGGGUUUGGAAAGCAACAUGAAGCGAAGCCACAAUUACAGCUCCUCGGACAGUGACCUGGAUGAUAAUGUGGAGGUGGAGAAGGACAGUGGCGAUGACAUUUGUCACUUGGAUUCGCAUGACUCCGUGUCACCAACCACCACCACGCAGGUUCAGGCCAGAAAAAGACGCAGAGGGAUUAUUGAGAAAAGACGACGUGACCGAAUCAAUAACAGCCUGUCAGAACUGAGAAGACUGGUGCCAAGUGCCUUUGAGAAACAGGGUUCUGCUAAACUGGAAAAAGCUGAAAUCCUGCAGAUGACUGUUGACCAUCUGAAGAUGCUUCAUGCCUCUGGUGGCAAAGGUUACUUUGAGGCGUACACUCUGGCUAAAGACUACCACAGUCUGGGCUUCAGGGAGUGCUUGGCAGAGACAGCACGUUACCUGAGCAUCAUGGAGGGACGGGACAGCGCAGACCCUCUGAGAAUACGGCUGGUGUCCCACCUCAGUAACUACGUCUCACAGAGAGAGGUGCACUCUGGACUUGAACACUUGGCCUGGGGCCCUUACGGCUCAGCCCAUUCACAUCAGCUCCUGCUGCAGGGCAGGACUCUGGCCCCCAGGAGCAACAGCAGCUCGCCUUCCUCCACCGCUUCCUCGCCUUCUUCAUCCUCUGAAGCAUCCCCAGUGUCCAGUCUGACAGUCCUGUCCCACACAGACUCUCUGAGGGUACCUCCAAAUGGGGUCCUGCCACUUGCCCUCACUGUCCCGGGUUCCAAGCUCACUCCACCUCUGCUGUCAUCGCUUUCCUCCCUCACGUUCCCUCUGUCCAUUGGGGCUUUGCCUUUGGUGGCUCCGGCCUCUCUGAGCUCCAGCUCCACUCUGUCUAAGCCGUACCGGCCGUGGGGCACGGAGAUUGGGGCCUUCUGAAUUGAUCCAUGGACUGAAGGUACCAGAGCCACAACCACACACAAGAAAACACAGGAUCUAUGAACUGUUCUUUUGUGACGUGUGAAUGGUUGAUAAAAGAUAAAAGUGUAUUUUAUUUUGUGUUGUGACAGAAUGAAGAAGUAAACAUGCCCAUAAUAAGUAGAAGUGCUGAUGAGAUUUGUGUAGAUCAAGUAGUUUUGCCUUCUACAUUUGUCGUGCAUACUUGCAAACUUGUUUCAAUGAACAUCUAGUUUGA